AAGUAUUUCCAUGUGACGAUAGUGUACGAAUAACCUUGUACUUGAACAUGAAAUUAUUUCCAUCGUUUUAUUACGAACAGAGAAAACUAUAGAGCAGUUGUUGAAAAUGUAACAGUUUAUUGAAUAUUUAGUAGUGUUGUCUAAGAAGAAUAGUUUUAAACGGAAUUUUUACAAAUUAACUAAAGUGUGUUCCUGAAUAACAAAAAUGAAUAAACCCUUAAAGCAUCCAAGAAUAUAAAUUUACAUACAUACACAAGAAAUUAAUUCCUGAUACGCAAAAAAACAAAAUAUUAUCAUCGAAUAUCUUCGACGGUAUUCCAAAUUAGUUUGAAAAUAAAAUCAAGAAAAUAAAAAAAAUAUAGCUAUGGCUUCAGUGUCAACAGAAAGUCCUGUUCAGACGGCCAACACUCCAACCCCUGAUAACACUCCAACCCCAUCACCAGGCCCUGAAGCGGUGACCAAGUUCAACUUCCUAAAACAAGUCCGAUCAGCCAGGAAUAACCCGUUUGUUAAAGCUAGACCUUCACUCACAAGGGAGAGCUCGACAGCGGAACUAUUUUCCAGGGAAAAUUCCAGUACGGAUUUCUUUCAAAACUCCAGGUUGAAUUUAUUCGAGACUGCGCCUAAACCAGACGCAACCACCCAGGGUUAUGGCAAGGGCGUCUCUUUCAUAGGAUGGCACCAAAGAACGAAGCUGGAAAGGGUGCUUUUGAUUCUGAUAGCAGCUCUACUGGUCGCUGUACUCCUUACCACAUCCUUACUCCUGGCCAUGAAAGGUCCUUCGUAUCUGCCCGUACCGCCGUGCUAUCAACCAGAACCAAAAGGAGACUCCAGCGUGUGCCUCUCAAGUUCAUGUAUCUACACUGCCAGCGAGGUGAUUAGAGCGUUAGACGAGACCCAGGACCCUUGUAAUGAUUUCUAUGAGUUCGCUUGCGGCGGGUGGAUUAGAAACAACCCUAUACCCGAGGGAAAAUCCACUUGGGGGAUCUUCAGUAACAUUGAAUUGCAGAAUCAACUAACUAUACGUUAUGCGCUCGAAAAAGUGAAUACCACAGACAAUACUGGUGCUGAGGCAAAAGCCCGUGUGUACUAUGAUGCGUGUAUAGACACGAACGAGACCAUAGAGAAGCUGGGCGAGAAGCCUCUGGUGAACAUCAUCAAGAAACUGGGGGGCUGGCACAUCCUCCCCAGUACCAUGAUCAAACAGCCUAAGUUUGAUUUGCAGAGGCUACUCCAGGAUGUACAAAAUUCUUACAAUUUAGGUGGAUUAUUUAAUUGGGCGGUGACAGAAGAUGACAGGAAUUCAUCCAAACAUGUUAUAGUUUUGGACCAAGGCGGCCUGAAUCUACCAACCCGAGAUAACUAUCUGAACAAAACAGCACAUAAGAAAGUACUAGAUGCAUACUUAGAUUACAUGACUCGAGUUUGCGUAUUAUUAGGCGCAAACAAAUCUGAAGCUAGAUCUCAAAUGAGUAAAGUUAUACAGUUCGAAACGGAUUUAGCAAAUAUAACCACCCCCUCUGAGGAGAGAAGGGAUGAAGAGGGAUUGUAUAACCCUUACACUAUAAGGCAAUGGCAAAAGGAAGCGCCAUUCCUGAAUUGGACUAUGUUCUUUAAUGAUGCUUUCAAAUUGGUUAAUAGAACGAUACCCGAUACUGAGAGAAUAGUAGUAUACGCGCCUGAAUACUUCAGAAAUCUCACUAAAGUUUUAAGAAAAUAUAGCAAAUCUGAAGAUGAUCAGAAAACUGUUACCAGUUAUAUGAUGUGGCAAGUUUCGCGCUCAUUGUCUACAUAUUUGUCGAAGUCCUUCCGAGAUGCAACCAAGAUAUUAAGGAAAGCGCUGUUUGGUUCUGAGGGUACAGAAGAGUCUUGGAGAUAUUGUGUUACCGACACUAACAAUGCUAUUGGCUUUGCAGUCGGUGCCAUGUUUGUCCGCGAAGUUUUCCACGGUGAAGCAAAAACCCAAGGCGAGAUUAUGAUUGAUAACAUACGAAACGCUUUCAAGAGAAACCUCAAGAACUUGGACUGGAUGGAUUCGGAGACUAGGGAAGCAGCGGAGACAAAGGCAGACGCUAUCACGGAUAUGAUAGGUUUCCCUGACUACAUCCUGCAUAAAGACGAGUUGAACAAACAAUACGAGGAGUUGGUAGUGAAGCCAAAUGAGUAUUUUGACAACAACAUCGCAUUCAACGUGUUCAGUUUGCGGAAUGACCUCAAGAAGUUAGAUCAGCCCGUCAACAAAACUAAAUGGGGUAUGACCCCUUCUACUGUGAACGCGUACUACACACCAACCAAGAACCAGAUAGUGUUCCCCGCUGGUAUCCUGCAGUUGCCGUUUUAUGAUGGCGACAAUCCUAAAUGUGUCAACUAUGGAGCUAUGGGAGUGGUCAUGGGACAUGAACUCACACACGCGUUUGAUGACCAGGGGAGAGAGUAUGACAGGUUUGGCAAUUUGAACAAAUGGUGGAAUAACGCAACUAUAGACCGGUUUAAAAAACGAGCGGAAUGUAUACAGAAACAAUAUUCCGACUACACUGUGGAGGGACAACACUUGAACGGGAAACAAACUCUAGGCGAGAACAUAGCAGACAACGGUGGUUUAAAAGCUUCUUUCCACGCAUACCUCGACUACAGCUCGAGCAAAGACGCCGCCGUGAACUUGACUUUGCCCGGCCUCAAGUACAAUCAUAGACAACUGUUCUUUAUAUCUUUUGCUCAGGUAUGGUGUUCGGCGAUGACCAAGGAGUCAACGAAGAUGCAAAUAGAGAAAGAUGACCACACCGUUGCAAAAUACAGAGUCAUCGGGCCCAUAUCAAACUUGAAGGAGUUUUCAGAAGAAUUCCAUUGUCCCAUUGGAUCAAAAAUGAAUCCCAAGCACAAAUGCGAAGUAUGGUAAAACUCGCUAUAAACAACGUGAACAAAACCAUAGACAUUAGAAAUUGCGGAGUAACCUAUUUUGUACGUAAAAUUUGUUACUGCGUAGUGCGCAGGUCAUGUGGUCGAAUUUUGCCAGCAUCUUACAAAUAUAGGCGUUAUUGCUAAUAAGCUUUGGCCCGGCUACAAUAUAAUUUCAGCAGUGGUAUAUGAAAGCCAUAGAGUGAGUAAUCAAUAAAACAAAAUAGGCCAUCUGUGUCGUAUACAGCUUUGGCUUAUCUGUAUUAUAUAUUACAUUAAUCUAUAUUUGUAAAGGCGAAAGUUGAGAUCUUUUGAUAGUUAUUGUAUGUGUAAUGAGCUUAGCAGCUGUUUUAAUCGGUAUCUAAUCAGGUCAUAGAGGCGAAUUAAAAAGUAAAUUACGUAAGUAUCUAUUGUAAAUAAAUAGCGCUCACUGUUCCUACGUGCAUAUUGCGCGCCAAAAUGUAAUGAACACAAGAGAAAGAAAAUGAUUUUUUUAAAAAAAGAACAUGUUUAAUUAAUUCAUAAAUUUAUAACAAACUUUCCUAAAUGCCAACUAAUCAUAAUUGUAGAGUAAUUUAUAAUAUUUAUUUAAAAGAACGUAGUAUGUUAAAAGAAUAUAUUAUCAAAUUUAUAUUUGGAAUGGUACUUAUUCAAAUGUUGGUAGCCUUAAAUUUUGAUGUCUGUAAUGCUUUUUACGUUAAAUGUAACCUAAAAUUAGCUGAGUAUAGUCGUAAAUAUUUCGUUUGUUGUUAUGCAUAAAUCCUAGUUCACACUGUGUUUACAAGUUAGUGCUAUUAUAAGUACGGAUUAAAUUAAUAUCUACUGACUAAAAUACAAACACAGUAUAAACUAAGUCUUACUGUGUAAUAUAAUUUAAAUUUAUACAAAACUAAUUGUUAAGUAAAUGUUUAGGCGUACUUAAUGUAAGUUAACUAUGGUUGAUGAAAGUGCCAUUUUUGAAAUAUAACUGUUUUAACCACAGAGUAUAAUAUUACCACAGAUAAGAUAAAAUUACAUAUAAUAAAAUAAUGUAAUCGUUUUAGAAUCUGUACUGUGAAAUUUGGAAGUUUAAACAUAGUCUUCCCUUCUAUUCCACAUAGGAUUUUCAUUAGAUGAAAGUAAAUUACUAAAAACAAAAUACUUACUCCAGUCACUUAAAAUGCCAAACAGCCAAAUUAUA